GAAGACACGACCAGGAGGGCUUUGGCUGUUUUGCCUUUGCAGUCUCUGCGUUCUGUUCUGGAGCAGCCAAUGGCGUCCGCCUUUGCUGCCCAAGACCCGGCCUAUGCCGCAACUGUCUGGAAGGACUGGGACGAGAUGCCGGGGCCCAGAGAUUCGGAAGAGCAAGCACGGCCCACGUGGCUGGCCCGGGUUUCUGAGUGGUUUGCCAUGCUCGACAAGGUGCUGGACUUCAAAGCCUUAGGCAAGGCUUGUAUGGCUGUAUGGUCAGGGCGCAGACGGAUACCGGCAGCCGAGAACCCUAAGGAGAGCACGGCGGGUAUGAAAUGCACGGAGUUCAAGGUGUGGUCUUCCCUGCUGUCCCAAUGGUCUCCGGUCUUCAAGCAGAUGAUUACCUCGGAGGCCUUCACGGAAUCCCGGCAGUCCCGGUUGGUCAUCAAGGAUUUCUCGCCCGUUGCGGUGGAGACCUUCCUCCGGUUCUUGCAUUCUGGGAAGAUUGAAGGCGAACUCAACGUACUUGUUGAGGUGGCUGCACUGGCGGGCAAGCACCAGGCCGACAAGCUUCCUCCACUUUGCAGGCGUGCCCUUCUGAGCGGUCUUAAGCCAAGCAAUGCUUGCGAUGUUUUUGCCGAGGCCAACUACUUUCAGCAGAGGCUCAUGCGCGGUGAUGCGUUGGCGCAGAUCCUGAUGCACCCCCCGGAGGCGCUCAAGGCCUGGCGCAGUCCGCCAUCCGAUGCAGAGGAUGAUACUCUGCAGCAAAAGGUCAUGGAGAGCCACAUCAAUGCAUUGUCGGCUGCAUCACGACAGCCCGGCAGAUAUUGGGUGGUAGUGACGUCCGACAGACCGGAGUGGCCAUGCAGUGAUUCGCCUCUUCGUGGCCUUGCCGGCAACACCAGUAACAUUGAGUUCAAACUAGCUGUUCUGGAUGGUGCAUUCACCGGCCAGCUGGUGAUCCUCGGCUCUGAUUCGGAGUCGUCUUCAGGCGGCGAGGCAUCCGGCAGCCUGGCUGCGACCUCCCCUGCGCAAGAGCCAGGCGGCGACAACCCGCCUGGCCCAGAGCCGGUGGCAAAAAGGGCAGCGGCCGCUCCAGCCACAGUUGGCCUAGAAGGCAGCGGAUCGGAGUCAUCAGGCUCUUCCGAAAGUGCCGACGGCCCCAAGCCGGUGCCGAAAGUCAAGCUGGUGAAGCUUGAGGCCAGCCGACCCGUAGAGGCCGCGGUCAGGACAAAGCCGAUUCUGGAGCCCGCGAAGCGGGAGUACCGGCGACGGCAGCCUCCACCGCCGCCGCCCCCUCGUCGCUCAGGCCAGCGCCGCCGGGGCGAAGAUGUCAAGGUGCUUGAAGUGCCUUCGUCUGCCCACGCUCCGCAACUGCCGCAGUGGCGCUACAUGGCCCCCGAUGGCCAGGAGCGCCUUGCGAUCCGAUCUGGUCCUGGGAUGGAUGCGCCGACUACGGGACUGUCCUUGGCCUCCGGGGAGGUGUUCCCUGUGAGCCAGGAAAGGCCCGGGGACGGCGGCGUGCUGUUCUUGAGGAUCGCGGAUGGCCGCGGAUGGGUCUUCGAUCGGAGGUGCGGCCGCACUCGCAAGCGGCGAGUUCGGCCGCUGUGCGUGCCUUACCAGGUUCCACUUCUCGAAGACGAAGGAGAGCGCGCGGCUCCGAAGGCUGCCGUGCGCCCCCGCGCCUUGGGUCCAGAUGGGCCGCUGCCCCUGGAUCGGCUCAGCAGCUUAGCCAAGCCCAGGAACAACCACAAGGCCCGGAAGCGCCGGCGAGGUCGAAGUGGUCCCGCGACCAUGGACCCCUACAUGGCCGCUUCGAUGAGUGCCCAACUCGUGCCCGGGGAGGUGAUUGAGGUAGGCUCCGAUGACGACGGGGGCCCACCCCAGGACUCCAGUUGUGAGUGGUGCAAAGGUCACCUCUGUCAACCUUGGCGGCCCCAAAUCCAACCUAAAACUGGGAGCAUAUACUCAUGA